AUGUUUGCUUUAAGAGAAAUUAUUUCGGAGUUUGAAUUAGACGAAGUUUAUUUUAAAAAAAUUGGUAGGAGUUUGAGAGAUUGGGGAUUAUGCCCCAACUGCAUUUUGAGGUUCAUAUUUGUGAAAAAUCAGAAUAUUUAUCAAAUUAUUAAUGCUGCCGAACUUAACAAAUGGAUGGAUGAUUUGGUAGACAAUGAUAAUAAAGGUUUGACCAUUGAUAAUUUUGAUAAGCCGGUUGAGAGAGGGACAGAAGUUUGUUGUCGAGCCUGUUUGGGCAUCCUUCAGAAAUCAUUUUGUUUUUCUAAUUCAAAUUUUAUAUCCAAAGUCGUUGACAUGGUUAAUAAACAGAACUUUGAAUUUAUUGACUUUUAUUGUGCUUUAUCAUUGCCAGUCAGUUUGUUGAUCAGAGAGCAUAGUGUGUAUGUUGCAUUAAAUGAAUUGUAUCCUGAGGUCUAUCAGGCAGAUGCUUCAAAUAACAUUAACAACAGCAGUAGCUGCAACAGAAACAACUAUGUUAAUGACAGGUACAGCAUUGCAGCUGUCAGAGAAGUGUGGAAAUGGCUGAAUGGUCCUGAAUUAUCUCGACAACUCGACCGACCAUUUAACCAGAAAAGUCCUUUUGAAAUUCAGAUUCAUUUUGAAUAUAAAAAUGAUAACAGAGAAUGUUCAUUUCUCAAAGAUCUGUCACCCAAAGAUUUUCAAAAAAGAAAAAAUUCUGGUUCAGCUUUUAACAGAAACAACAUAACAAAGAUAUUGAAAGACACAAAGUGUAAAGAUUUUAAAAAAUUUUGUAAAGUGCCCAUGAGUAUUCCAUUGAUUGGUUGUCAUUGUGAGGUGGUUGUGUGCUCCAAUCAAUCCGUGUUUGUUGCUGGCAGUCGAACACUCAGUCAAACUCCGUGGUUUGUUGAUGGCAUCAAAAAGUUUGAAAACUCUGUUGAGGAAAUCAUCUGUAAGCCAAUAGCUGAACAAUUAUUUGGAUCAAGAGAUUAUAAAUUUUCAUCAUCUGGUCGUGAAGAUGUCGAUGUCAGAAUGUUAGGCAGAGGCAGGCCAUUUCUAAUCGAAGUUAUCAAUCCAAGAAAGAUCAGUGUUUCUGAUGAAGAAUUUCAGAAGAUAGAAAUGUUUAUCAAUGGGGGGUCCAGAGAUGUUUUUAUCAGGGAUGUACAAAUGGUAAACAAAGAGGAGACUCACCAUUUGAAAGAAGGCGAGCAGGAAAAAUUGAAAAUAUACAAAGCUCUGUGCAUAAUGAAAGGUAGUAUCUGUGACGACCAACUCAUCAAUAUAAACAAGUUGAAGGACAUUGAACUGCAGCAAAAGACGCCAAUAAGAGUCCUACACAGGCGACCACUGGCAACCAGGACCAGAACAGUGCAUGAGUUAAAAAUAGAUCUCAUUAAUAUUCAUAGGUUUGAAGAGUUAGAUGACUCAGAUGUUUUUAAAGUAAAUACUUCUGUAGAGGAUUUGAAGCCAGUUUUAAAUUCUGAUGUUAUAAGUUUAUUUGUUUUGCAUUUAACAACUCAAGCAGGAACAUACGUUAAAGAAUUUGUGCAUGGGGAUUUUAGUCGCACCAUGCCUAAUUUAAGUACGUUGUUAGGGUGCGAAUGCGAUAUACUGCAGUUAGAUGUGGCAGAUGUCUUGUUGAAUUGGCCACCUUCUUUAAGUAGAUAA